CAAUUAUAUCAGUUGUAAAUACAGAAAUACAGAACUAAAUAUAUUAAAUAUCUGCAAUCACAGUGGUAAUGUAUUUUGUCGUUGAAAGAAUUAAUUAAAAUAAAUAUUGUAAAAUGGAAUAUUACGGACUGGAUACAUAACUGAGCAAAGGCGGCAACAUUGUUAACUUUUUUAUAAAUAAAAACUUGGCGGUAUUUUAUUUUUAAUAAGGAAAAAAAUGAUAUCUCUGAAAUAGAAUAGUGUUCAUAGUCCGUGCUGCGCGAGAGUGCUUUUCCCUAUUUAAUUUUUAGGAGGGCUUUUUAGGAUAGUUUCAGAAAAAAAAUAGGAUUAUAAUGAAAUAUUAGCUAUACAACAGAAACGCCGCGUUUUAAAGAAUAAUUUUAUUUAUACUCAUUCGUUUUAAUAUUUGAUUCAACCAGAAAUAUGAAUGCUUCAGUGUUCUUUGAUACUAUUGGAACACAAGAACAGCCCUACUAUAAGCUUAAUAAAAACGAACACGGAGAUUUACAUAUUAUGGGUAACGAUGUUGUAAAAUUGGAGCUAAGUAAAGAUAUAAUUGGACUGCCUCUAAAUGUUCUUUCAUCAGCCUAUGCCGAAUUAACUGGAAGGAAUGAUCGCAUAGAAAAUAAAGAUAUGGGUUUGUAUCGACCGAUCUCACCCAGCAAUGAUGAAAAUUACAGUCCAUAUGGAUAUAGAAAUUCACCUUCUCCUGGACAAGAUGGUGUCAAGUUUACUCCAAGGAAUAAUUAUUCACAUAUCAACAAUCAAACAGUGACGUUUGGUAAAUUUUCUCAUAUAUCACAAGAAAGUUUUGCAAAUUCAAACAAUUAUCAGCAGCAUCAUCCAAACAACAAUUAUUCUAUAAUUAAUAGCUGUUAUAGAAACAACAAUAAUACCAAUAGUUUAGAUAAUAACCACAAUGCACAUUUUUCCAAGAACAGAGUGAAUCAACCAUCUCAACAAAAUAAUUCAAACAACUCGAUUAAUAGAGAACAACGACGGAAGCCUUUAAAUACAUUUUAUCGUUACGGCUCUGAUGUUAUGAUUAGAAGAGCACAUGGGUUAACUCACAGGUUUAGAUCUCGCUCGGACAUAAUGAAAAUCGAUCCAAACCCUCCACAACUACUCAACGGUGGCGCCUACGACCAACUAAGUCAAGCAAUUUGGGACGUCUUUACAAUGAAAGCUCAGAAAAUCGAGACCUACGAAAAUAAAAUCUCUUUGUGGAAAGACUUAUUCUUGUACAUCAGAAAAUGUCUAAACCAUUAUGCUCUGUAUAUAGUCGGAUCAACGAUGACUGGAUUCGGUUUGAACACCAGCGACAUUGACAUGUGUCUGCUUAUAAAACCUUGUACUGAAGAUCCAAGAUUGGAUUCGGUACACCAGUUACAUCAUAUUAAAAAUUAUCUUUUAAGAUAUGGAUUGAUAAUAGAUUCAGAGCUGAUUCUUGCCAAGGUUCCGAUUCUGAAGUUCCGCGAGCAAGCUACAGGAUUUGAAAUAGACCUAAACUGCAACAAUUCCGUUGGAAUAUACAACACGCACCUGCUCUAUUGUUACGCCAGGCUAGAUUGGAGAAUAAGGCCUUUGGUGGUCAUGGUAAAAUUAUGGGCGCAGGCGAACAGGAUCAACGAUGCUAAAAACUUAACAGUUUCAAGCUAUUCGUGGACUUUAAUGGUGAUACAUUUUUUACAAUGUGGGGUUUCGCCGUUGGUUUUACCUUGUCUUCAUACCUUGUAUCCGGAAAGAUUUAACUCUGACAAGAGCAAAAUUACAGACGUACAUGAGGAUAUAAAAUCGUUGGAGAAUUUUCGUUCUUAUAACACGGACUCUUUAGCAGAACUGUUUAUAGAUUUUUUUGGAUAUUACGCCAACUUCGAUUUCAGUCAGUACGCCAUAUCGGUACGCGCAGGCGGUAGAGUUCUAGUCGAAGACUGUAAACAAGUGAAGGCGCCCAAAAACGAUCCCAACCAGUGGAGAUACAUGUGCAUCGAGGAACCCUUCGAUUUCACCAACACCGCUAGAUCGGUGUACGACAUCGCAGCGUUCAGACACAUCAGAACCGUCAUCGCGAAGACCUACGAAGAAUUGCUGAGAACGAAAAUGUUGAACAACGUACUACCCGUCGCUUUCAGCCCAGAAACGUCUCUAGUCAUGUAGAAUCGACCGUAGGAAUUGAAGACGGAAUUUUAUAGGUGGAUUUGAUAGUAAAAUUGCAAAAGAACACACGAUAAAAAGGUAAUACAGUUCAUUUAUCUUCGAUUGAUAUUACCAGUAGUUCAAAUGUAUCACUUACUAUUUCACCGGCAAAAAAAACUAUUUCAGAUAUGCAGGCAUAUUUUUUUACUCACCAUUUACGUUCUUGUGCAAUAUUUCGUCUAGCUUGCGUAAUCCAUCGUUUGUUGUUUUUGUUAUCGCGCCUAAACGCAUUGAAAAAGACUCUGUGGCAUUUAAAGACUGUAUUAUAUCUCCAGUAUUUUUGUGUAUGUAUUCAAACACAAUACAGACUGCCGAUUGGUAACAUUCGGAUACAGAUAUACAAAGGCUGUUAUACACAUUAGUCAGAUUUUGUGCCAUUAAUAAACUCGUCAAUUUAAUUAUUUAUAAUAUACAAAUCACCAAAAAAAUAGUUUUUAAAGUGUGUUGGAAAAAAUAUAUAUAAUCUCAAAUCAUACAGCGUUAAAUUUCUAAAUUAGUACUAUUUUACAUUUAAAAUGCUUCUAAACAAAGUAGUAACAAAGUACAUAACUAUUUUUAGUAUACAAGGUUUGUCAAAAAGUUGUGAAAAUAUUUAUUCAAAUUUAAAAAGAAGUUUCUGCGGAAUUUCUUCAGUAUACCCAAAAAAUUAUUUUGACAUAUAUUAUGACAUUUAUCCCAGGACAUAUGGAAAAAUAUUUUUAGUGGUUACGCUGAAGAAAUUCCGCAUUAAUUUUUUCACAAUAAUACUAAAACAUUGUCAAUAUUUAAAAAGUCCGUGGAUGAGUAUUGAAACGCAUUGUUUGAGUUUUGCAAAAAUCAUAUUAUCUUUUUCGUUUUAUGUGAUUUAUUUAUGUAUUGUGAUGUCUCUUUAAGUUCAAAAGUUCCUAAAAAAAUUAUAAAAUCUCAAAAUCUUGAAAGUGAAACAUUUAUAAAAACACCACUUUCAAGUUAAAAAAAUCAGUAUUUUUAUAUUUAAGUUUUCGGUAGGUACUUAAGUUUAUUUGAUAUUAUUUUCUAUUGUAAUAAUGUAUACACCCACUACAAAGUUGUUAUAUAUGUAUUUGUCUGUUAAGUUGAAGCAACAGUUUGAAGAAGUGACGAAAAACGGUUUUUUGUUAAUACGUCACUUAUUCUAGCUUUUCUUAAUAUAUUAAUGUUAAAUAGUGAAAUAAUAUAAUCAUUCAAGUAUCUACAGUAGUUAUUGAGUAAGUGUCAAGAAUAUAUAUCAUAAUAGUAAACUUGAUAAUAAAAAUGACAGAAGACAGGCCUGAAACCUGCCAAAAUAUCUUUAAAAUAAUAAUAAUAAACGAUACAUAUCAUUGUGGGGCCGUUAAUAAACUAAGUUAUAUCUAAGUAGAUUCUUAUAGCAACGAUAAAUGUUUUUUUUUUCCUUAUUUGGUAAUAUAUAUCAAGUAAGGAAAUAAUUAUUAAAAUGUAUAAAUGUGAUCUUUUCUCGUUUUUGAUGUAGAAUAAAUAAUAAUUAAUUCAAUUAAAAAAAACACAAAAAAAAACUAGAUAAGAAUUUAAAAGAAAAGAAAAUGGUAUAUUUAAAAUUUGCGGUAUUUAGUAAUAUAUUAAUCAAAUAGUGUAUUUUUCUGGUUAAAUAUACCAUUGCCUUUUUUAAUGUAUGUCUCUCUAUAUUAAUAUUUGUUUAGAUAAUAAUAAAAAUCACCUUUUGAUAAUAAUAUGAAAACAAUAAUACUGUUAAAAAAGUAUAGGUUAUUUUUUUGGAAAAUCUUUAACAUAAAUAGAAUAGCUGAAAUAUAUCGUAGAGGAACAUCACACAUUUCAAUCGUGAUUUUUUUUAUUUAUGUGAUCUCAGUGAACGACUAGUUUUUUAGGAAUGAGUUACUACCGUAAAGUUGUGGCCAUGAAUAUUAAACCUACCCAAAGAAAGUCAUUAAAAUAUUAUAUAAUUCUAUAUAGGGUAACGUAUUUAAUAAUAUCUCAUAAAAUUUGGAUAUUUUCGAUUUUAAAAAUAUAAAGAAAUAAAUUUGGGAAUUUCUUUAUUUUUUUUACAUGAAAAUAUUAUUCUAAAAAGGGAUCAAAUUUCGUGAAGAAUUAUUAAAAAACUCUAAAAUAGUUCAAAGUAGUUCAAUCGUACGAGUGUGAAUCGAAAUAACAUGAUUUUAGUCAUUGGUGCCAAAAAAUAUCUAUUAAUUUGAUCAUUAACAAAAAGUUAGACUAUAUUAAAAUAUCUAAAUUACAUGGUUGUGUCAAAGAAUAGCAGUUAAAAAAAAUAAAUGAAUUUAUAAAUAAUGCGAAAGUUAUACUCUAUGGCACGUCCUCUUUAUUAUACAGACAAUAUUAUAAAAAUCGAAUACAAUAAUCAUACAAUAAAGAAUUGAAAAUAUGUAUGGUGAAUCUCUUUAGGUUGUAUUAAAUUUAGAUAUUAAAGUUAUUAUUUAUGUCAAAUUAGGUGUCCAAUCAGCUUUCUUAACCUAUUAUUUUUCGAUAUAUAUAUAUUUAUACAUUGUUAUUGUGUACACUUUUGUAAUUGUUAUGAUUAAGAGUAUGAAUUUAUACACGCUGUUGGAUACCUACUGUCAAAAUAUACUGUACAGGCCAAUUUAUUAUAGUAUACAGGUUGUUGCAAUUACGUCUAAACGGUUACAUAUUUACAGACACUUUUUCUUGCAAAUUAUUCAGUACCUCAUAUAGAGCAGGCUUUAACAAGUAGGUAUUAAAACUAGGAUUAAUCUGGAUAUUCCUUUAUAGGGUAUUUGCGUUUAAAAAGAAAAUAAAAAUUAUAAAAAUUCAUAACCUUUUAGACGCAAUCCUCCACCAUAUCUUCGAUUCAUUACCAUAUACAGGGUGUUUCAAAACAAAUGCGAAAAAUUUCAGGGGGUGAUUCCUUGUUCAAAAUA